GUCAGUGCCAAAACACAUGACUGUCAUCUAGAUGGUCACGUGAUUAGGCUGUCGCUGAGUGUAAACAUGGCGGCACACUUGUCCUAUGGACGAGUUAAUCUGAACAUUUUAAGAGAAGCAGCGCGUAAAGAUCUUCGAGAAUUUUUGGACAAAUGUGCAGGAAGCAAGGCUAUUGUAUGGGACGAGUACUUGACGGGGCCUUUUGGGUUGAUUGCCCAGUACUCCUUAUUGAAGGAACAUGAGGUGGAGAAGAUGUUCACCCUCAAGAGUGGGAGGCUUCCACCGGCGGAUGUUAAAAACAUCAUCUUCUUUGUGCGACCGAGACUGGAAUUAAUGGACAUAAUUGCAGAGAAUAUCUUAAGUGAGGACAAACUUCAGACACCUCGUGAGUUCAACAUUCUGUUUGUGCCGCGUCGGAGCAUGCUCUGUGAGCAGAGGCUGAAAGAGCAAGGGGUUCUGGGAUCUUUCACAAACAUCGACGAGUACAUCCUGGACCUCAUCCCAUAUGACGGGGACCUCCUCUCCAUGGAGUCUGAGAGUGCAUUUAGGGAAUGUUAUUUGGAGAAUGACCAGACAAGCCUGUAUCACACAGCCAAAGGUCUAAUGACCCUGCAGGCCCUCUAUGGAACCAUCCCACAGAUCUUUGGCAAAGGAGAAUGUGCGCGGCACGUGGCCAACAUGAUGCUGCGGAUGAAGCGGGAGUUUGCGGGCAGCCAGACUCAGAUCCUGCCCGUGUUUGACACGCUGCUUCUGCUGGACCGGAACGUGGACCUGCUCACCCCUCUGGCCACCCAGCUCACCUACGAGGGGCUCAUCGACGAGAUCUACGGCAUCACCAAUGGCUAUGUGAAGCUUCCCCCUGAGAAGUUUGCCCAGAAGAAGCAGGGUGAGGGGGGCAAGGACCUGCCCACUGAGCCCAAGAAGAUGCCGCUGAACUCAGCCGAGGAGCUGUACGCCGAGAUCAGGGACAAGAACUUCAACGCCGUGGGGGCAGCACUGAGCAAGAAGGCCAAAAUCAUCUCUGCUGCGUUUGAGGAGCGGCACAACGCCAAGACUGUGGGUGAGAUCAAGCAGUUUGUAUCCCAGCUGCCCCACAUGCAGGCAGCGCGCACCUCACUGGCCAAUCACACCUCCAUUGCGGAGCUCAUCAAGGACAUCACCACAUCGGAAGCUUUCUUUGACAAUUUAACAGUGGAGCAGGAGUUCAUGACUGGCGUAGACACAGAUAAGGUCAACACGUAUAUUGAGGACUGCAUUGCCCAGAAGGACCCUCUCCUCAAGAUCCUGAGGCUGGUCUGCAUGCAGUCUGUCUGCAACAAUGGCCUCAAGCAGAAGGUGCUGGACUUCUACAAGAGGGAAAUCCUGCAGACUUAUGGCUAUGAGCACCUCUUGACUCUAAACAACCUGGAGAAGGUUGGCCUGCUGAAGUCACAGAUCACCACCAGGAACAACUACCCCACCAUUCGCAAGACCCUCAAACUUUGGAUGGAGGACGCCAAUGAACAGAAUCCCAACGACAUCUCGUACGUGUACAGCGGCUAUGCUCCUCUGAGCGUUCGGCUGACGCAACUGUUGGCGCGGCCGGGCUGGAGGAGCAUUGAGGAGGUGCUGAAACUGCUCCCUGGACCGCACUUCGAGGAGAGACAGCAGCUACCGCCGGGCCUUCAUAAGAAACGCCAGCAAGGAGAGAACCGAACCACGCUGGUGUUCUUCUUGGGGGGAGUGACCUAUGCGGAGAUCGCCGCCCUGCGGUUCCUCUCGCAGAUGGAGGACAGUGGAACGGAGUACAUCAUCGCCACCACCAAGCUUAUCAACGGAACCAGCUGGGUCAAAUCCCUCAUGGAUCGGCCCGAUCAGCAGGUCUGACUGUGACCAAAAGGACAAACAAACAAACAAAUAAGGAUGAGGAGAAAAUGCAGCGGAAGGCAACAGACUGCUUCAGCUUGACUCAUUGUGCCUGGUCAGUGCAGGUCAAUGGGACUUUCUGGACAAAGAGAUGUGGAUACAUGUGAAAUAUUAUUAUGUUAUUUACCUAAUAUGAGACUUUUUCUUUGUUUUUUUUACAUAAUGCUUAUGUAAUACGUGUGCAAGUGCGUGCGUGCGUGUGUGUGUGUAUGAGGAGAGAGAGGUAGAGAGAAAUGCAAGCUACUAUGAAUGUUUAACAUCUGCCUUUUAGGUCAAAUGAAACUGAUUCUGAAUUGUUCUUACAUGUGACUUAACAAUAACAACUAUAAAAGAAAGAAAAUCUGGUAA